AUGAUACACCCAGGCGCAGAGCGCCGUGAGAGCGCUCACCUCCAGCUUGGCAGCAUCGCAGGUCAAGAGCGCGCGGUGCAGGUCCCCCUCGCCACAGCCAGCUCCGCCGCCACGCCGCCGCCCACCAGCAGCAGCAGCGCAGGGGCAUCAGCCGCCUCUGCCGGCCUCUGCGCGGAAGGGGAGGGGGCGGAAGCGCCGGCGAAGGGAUCGCGCCGCGCCCGUGCGGCGAGCGGAGGAGAGGCGGGAGGAAUCCGCAUGGGCGAAAUGGGCGGCCCUCGCCGUCAUCGAGAUGGAAUCGACGGCGUGCCACGCACCCCAUCCCACGCUGGCACCGCCUCCGUCAACGAGGAAGCUUUGGCGGCAAAGGAUGCCGCCGAGGCCUACCCCGACCUUGACCUCGUCGACAGAGUCGUCCGCUCCUUGGCGGAGCAGCUUGGACGGUCGGGCAACUUCCACCUACGCUUCAAAGAGCUUCAGGAGGUGCUCUGCCAAACAAACAUGGAGCUGCAGGGCAUCCACAGCGUCGACGUGACACACGUGCUGCAGAUGGUGGACAACACCAGGCUCACCCUCCGCAACCGUUACCUGAGUGACGCGGACGAUUUCGGAGAGGGGAGCAACGAGCUGAGCGCCUUUUUGGCGAAGCAUGCGUCGUCGGAGAAGAGGGUGGUGAAGGUGACGGGCACCGACUCGACUGGGGCGCCAACCACUCAUGAGUACACCCUCCAUGAGCAGAAGAUUAAAGGUCAGAAAUCUGGCGGGGGCUUGGACGACUGCAUCACACUGGCGAAGGGGUACGUGAAGGAGCUGCUGAAGCGUUUGGAGAGCCGGAUGAAGGAUUUGGGCUCUCUCGAGGGCGCCAAGCUGUUCACGCAGGGGGCGUACCCGAAAUCUCACUCGAAGCGGCAGCGGCGGUUCUUGCAGUGGCUGGAGGCUCUCCGCAAUCUGUUUAAGCGAAAACCGACCGACCCUGACACCCUGCCAGGCGCGGAGAGGAGGCGUCCAGCCAAGGAUGUGGUGAUGGUGCAUGCGCAGAGGCCCGUGAAGCGCACGAAGAAGACCCUUGCGAUGCUGGCCGCGAAGCAGGCGGCAGCAACAGCAGCAGCAGAUGCUGUUGCUCGUGAAGCAGCAGCUGCAGAAGAAGCAGCCAGGCUAGAGGAGGAGUUGGGCCCCUGGCAGAGACGGGCAGGCCACGGCAAAGUGCACAUGGCUUCAGAUUCAGAGCUAGACGGGGACGAUGAGGAAGAUUAUUCUCAUGAUAGCGAUAGUGAAUCCUAG